AUGAGUCGUGUGCACUUGGUGGUCAAGUAUGAGACACUGGAAGCUCCGGCACAGAUCAGAAUCUGGAAGCAAUUCGCAGAGAACGAUCGCACGGAUUUCAUAGUGGAUCGCAGAGCAAUGAGAUAUGUACAAGAAUAUUUCGAAAGUACAAAGGUAUCAUGGAACGGUCGAGAAAUUCGCAACGCUAUUCAAACUGCAGUCGCCCUCGCCGAACACGAAGCCAAGACCUCCGACCCACCAGAAGGAGACGUCUUGCUGAAGACUGAGCACAUUCAAGAAGUCAUCGAGAUGUCGCAAGGGUUCAAAGAGUACUUGACCAAGUUCAGAGGGGACGAGGCCCGUCGUGCGCUACAGGCGCAGGCACGUAUGGACAAGGGGAAGGAUAUGACGGCUGAGAGAUCUUUGCAUGAGAUGAGAGAAGUGGCCGCUCGACCUCGCAAGGGUACCACGGAUGCUUUUGCCGGAGGCUCAAUGGCCUCAAGAUGUACCACUCUAAAUGAGGUAUCCCAAAUCUCCGUGAGAGGGACCUUGGAUGGAUUGAAUGUUGCAGGCUUUGGUGAAAACCUAGUCUUGAUAAUUUCCGGUGCCAAUGAUUCUGGGCCUGGGGCCCAACACUCAGAUUACGAUCGAGCUUUACGGGAUCGAGUUGCUGACGGCUUUAGGAACGUUGUCUAG